AUGGCUUACUCUCUAGCCACCUCAUACGUCGGGGACGCCCUUAUCAACGGCUUCAACUGGAUCGACACGCGGGACCUCUCCAAUGGCUACGUCCGUUACCAGAGCCAGGCAAACGCCGCCAGCCAGGGCCUCUUUGCCGUCGACAAGCACACGGGCGUCGUGCGCAUCGGCGUCGACCAUACCAAUACGCUUGACGUCUCGGACGGUCGUCCAAGCAUCCGUCUCGAGAGCAAGGAAGCCUAUAACCAGGGCCUGUUUGUUGCCGACUUUCUUCACAUGCCACCGUCUCAGUGCGGUGUAUGGCCAGCUUUCUGGGCAUAUGGACCCAACUGGCCCAACAGCGGCGAGAUUGACAUCAUUGAAGGCGCCAACACGGCGCACCGCAACAUCAUCUCGGCGCACACCACCGCCGGCUGCUCUCUCGGCGACGACGUGCUGCGCAUGGCCUCUGGCGCGGCGCAAACCAAGGACUGCAACGUCGGCGCCGACAAUGUCGGCUGCGGCUACGUGACCCCUGCGAGCGACACGUCGUCGUACGGCGACACCUUCAACGCCGUCGGCGGCGGCAUCUACGCCAUGUUGUGGGACGACGAGUACAUCAAGGUCUGGCACUUUGACCGCGACACCGCGCCCGCCGAUAUUGCCGCCAAGAAGCCUGAGCCUGCCGGCUGGGGCAAGCCCGCGGCCGUCUACGGCGGCAAGAGCUGCGACGUCGAGUCGCAUUUUCGCGACAUGAGCAUCGUCCUCAACAUCAACUUUUGCGGCGACUAUGGCAAUGCUGUCUGGAAGAGCGAUGGAUGCUCCGCGCUCGCGCCCACCUGCGCAGAGUGGGUGGCCAAGAACCCGGCCGCCUUUGCGAAUGCCUACUGGGAUGUUAAUUACAUUGACGCCUACGUCCAGAGCGCCAGCAACACGUCCACCACGUCCUCCGUGUCCUUUAGCAACUUCACCAGCAGCACCGUCUCUAGCCAGAGCCAGCCGAGCAGCAUUCCCAUCACGUCCCUCUCAAGCACUCCUCCCUCUGGCAGCAACAAUGACACCAUGACACGCUUCCCCGCGGCCAACUCAUCUUCCUCUGCCGCGCCCACCUCUUUGGUGGUCAGCUCCUCCGUGCCCAGCGUCUCCGGCCCAAGCAACUCCUCUUCCUUCAUCACCAACAUUUCCACUCGCUUCUCCUCCUCCACCGUCCUCGCCACCCAGGGCCCCAUCCCCACCGCCAGCCUGCCGUCGCCGAGCGGGCCGCUGCGCGCCAACCCGGCCAACCUCAACGACUUUUCGUACCUGGGCUGCUUCGGCUCCAGCAGCGACUUCAAGUCCUUUACAAAAGUGGCCGACAGCCCGGACAUGAACCUCAACAAGUGCACGGUGCUGUGCAACGGCAAAAAGUAUGCCGGCGUCUUUGAAACGGCCUGCUACUGCGCGUCGGAGCUCGAUGCCGACACGCGCGUCAGCACCGACGCGUGCGACUUGCCUUGCCCCGGUGACAGCACCCAGCUCUGCGGUGGCCGCGUCAAGCCCCGCGGCAACUCGAUCGACGACAGCAUCGGCGCCAAGGCCAACGUGACCCUCCCGCAGACGACCGCCUUUAUCUCGGGCGUCGCCAUGCCCAUCAGCACGGGUGGUGCUGGUGGUGCCGGUGGUCGUCUUGCUGGCUCUGGAGGCUCUUCUUCCAGUGGUGCUUAUGCCGGUGGUUCUUACUCCAACUCGACUGGUCCCGAGGCUCCCAACACUUUCAGCUCCUCUGUCUGGAACAUUGUCACUGAUCCCAAGGUUGCCUACGCAAGCUCUGCUCCCACACCCAUCAUCAUCGGUGCUGCUACCACGCGCAACAAGACUACCCUUCAGACCCUCCCCACCGGCUCUGGCUCCUCUGCCUCGAACCCCUCUGUUGUUGUUGUUGUCCCCAGCAGUGUCAACUUGAGCCCCUCUGGCUCUCCUGCCACCAACGGGCACGGCGCUUGGAUCAACUCUACGAGCCCCGAGACCCCGACCCCGGCUAGUAUCAGCUCUCAGACUGGCACUGCACCCGUUAUCCGGACCAGCUCUCGGAUCGGCACCGCACCCGUGGUCAGCAUCAGCUCUCCAUCCAGCACCGCGCCGCCCGUCAUUGGCACCGCGCCCACCGUCAUUGGCACCGCGCCGACCGUGUCCGUGGUCACCAUCCCCGUCUAUCCCCUGCCCAAGGUGACAAACUCCACCCUGUCUAGCAGCAGCAUCAGCAGCAGCAGCAGCAUCAGCAGCAUCAGCAGCAGCAGCAGCAUCAGCAGCGGCAGCAGCAGCACCAGCCCUUCGUCUCCCGCUGUGAGCGGUUCCGCCCCGGCCCCGAUGGGCAACUCGACCCUCGUCAUUCGUCGCCGCUAUAGCCCGGUCCGACGCUCCACGCCCAAGCACGUCCGUCCCGCCCAUGUCGACCGCCGCGAGGCCUCUGACAUGUUGCUCACCGUCUACGCCGCCAUCGCCAAGGAGGAACCCCCCAAGCAGCCUCCCGGCAUGGGCGUCAACUCUGACCUCUCCACCCAGCCCUCUUUCUCCACGGAUACGCCAGCGGCCCAGCAGUCAUCUGGCGCAAGUAUCCCCGCACAGCAGUCGUCCGGUGCAGGCAUCCCCGCCCAGCAGUCUUCUUCCGCGGGUGCUCCGGCCCAGCAGUCUAUUUCCAUGGGCAUUCCGGCCCAGCAGUCGUCUGGCGUUAGUAUCCCCGCUCAGCAGUCAUCCGGUGCAGGUAUCCCCGCCCAGCAGUCUUCUUCCGCCGGCACUCCGGCCCAGCAGUCUUCUGGUGGCAGCUCUCCCGGCCAGCAGGCCGCUGGCACGGGCGUCACCAGCAUUCCCAACAUUCCCGCCCAGCAAUCCAACGGCAACGCCGCCGCCAUCCAGACCCCCAGCACUGUCACCAGCACCACCACUACCGUCGUGACCACCGUCACCUACCAGACCGUCUACCCCUCGAACCCUUCCAGGAUUGUCAACAAAGUCUUUGUCACGACCAUUAUCAAGGCUCACUGCGGCUGCCCCGAGACCCCGCUCCCUACCAUGACGGUGUCUAUGACGACCACGGUGCUUUCUUGCGCGGCGUGCGGCCCUGGUGGCGCAAACUACGUGACUGUCACUGUUCCUUGCGAUGAGACCAAGGCCACGCCGACUGCCGUUGCCGAACUGCCUCCUGCACCCAACAGCAACGGCAAUGUGCCUCCUGCUAACAAGAACCUGACCCCUCCAAACGGCGACAGUGUACCUCCCUCAUCUGGCGGUAACAAGCCUCCCACACCUGGCGGCAAUAAGCCUCCCACACCCGGCGGCGACAAGCCUCCCGCGUCCAACGGCAGUGUUCCUCCUGGUUCCGACGGAAGUGUUCCUCCUGGUUCCAACGGCAGUGUACCCCCGGGCUCCAACGGCAGUGUCCCUCCUGGUUCCAACGGCAAUGUACCCCCGGGUUCCAACGGCAGUGUACCCCCGGGCUCCAACGGCAGCGUUCCUCCGGCUUCCCAUGACAGCAUCCCUCCUACUUCCGGCGGCAACGUACCCCCUUCGGCCGACAACUAUAAGCCUCCUGCUUCCAACGGCAACAAGACUCCUUCAGCCAACAACGACAAGCCUCCCAUUUCCAACGGCAACGCACCCCCUUCGGCCGACAACUAUAAGCCUCCUGCUUCCAACGGCAACAAGACUCCUUCAGCCAACAACGACAAGCCCCCUGCUUCCAACGGCAACGUCCCCCCCGCACCCAACAGCGGCAAGCCACCUGCAGCCAACAGUAACAAGACUUCUUCUUCGAGCAGCAGCGUCCCCCCAGCUGUCAGCGGCAACAAGCCUGCUGCGCCCUCCUCCAACGUUCCCACUGUUGCGGGUGCCUCCGGGUUCAAGGUGACAUCGCUUCUCUUUACCACCAUGCUGGCCAUGGUUGUUCUUCUGUGA